GGUUAGUACAUUUACGUCAUGACGUCCUCCCGCCGUCCUUUCCUCCUCACUCGGCGAGAAUGAAGACCAUUCUCAGUAACCAGACCGUGGAUAUCCCCAACAACGUCGAGGUGACCCUCAAGGGCCGCACCGUUGUAGUGAAGGGCCCCCGAGGAGUUCUUCGCCGGGAGUUCAACCACAUUAAUCUGGAGCUCAGUCUGUUGGGCAAGAAACAGAAGAAGCUGCGUGUGGAUAAGUGGUGGGGUAACAGGAAGGAGUUAGCCACAGUCCGCACCAUCUGCAGUCAUGUCCAGAACAUGAUCAAGGGUGUCACACUGGGCUUCAGAUACAAGAUGCGAUCUGUAUAUGCCCAUUUCCCCAUUAAUGUGGCGAUGCAGGAGAACGGCACUCUGGUGGAGAUCAGAAACUUCUUGGGAGAGAAGUACAUCCGCCGUGUCCGCAUGAGGCAAGGUGUGUCAUGCGCAGUGUCUGCCGCUCAGAAAGACGAGCUUGUUCUGGAGGGUAAUGACAUUGAGCUGGUGUCAAACUCUGCUGCCCUCAUUCAGCAGGCAACCACAGUGAAAAAUAAAGAUAUCAGAAAGUUCCUGGAUGGUAUUUACGUCUCUGAGAAGGGCACUGUAGUGGAGGCGGAGUCGUAGAGAACACCAGAGGUUAGGCCACUGCUCUGAUCCAGCAGCCACCACUGUGAGAAUGAAGGACAUCUGGACAUUUUUGGACUGGAUCGAUGUCAGUGAGAAGGGCACAGUGGUGGAACGGCAAAAGGACUAAAUUAGUCUCUGUAAAAUAAAGACCAACUUAAUUUUUCAACCACAUAA